GAGAGCUCAGCACGAGGGCUCGUAGAUUAAAACACAGGCACUCCGAGAAGGCCUGGCUUAUACAACAUUAACAACGCGAGAGGUCACAUCUCGUCGCUAGUACCCUAACUAUAAGCACAAUUUCAUUCGAGCCUCUUCAGCAAUUUGGUGUGCGCUUCGUAUCGAUAUCCGAGAUGGCCUUUCCGAUACCUCAGACGACCAGGGAAUGUACUCAGUUCAAUGUACACUCUCUGAUUGGUGACUCAACGCUCAAGUACAAAACCAGCGAGAGAUCGCAGGACUUUCAACAAAAUCCCUCGACGCUUCCGCGACUGGAUCGUCACGGGCAUCAUCAGACGAGCUCGACACAACAGAGUUACGCGGUUUUGGGAGCAGGCAGCGACGCAAACGACUCGUUGAACGUGGAUCCCGAUUCCGGCAAGAACAAAACCUCACAAAAGAAAUCGAGACGUCGCCCUCCGUAUUCCUACAUCGCUUUGAUAGCCAUGUCGAUCCAGCAAUCCUCGGAAAAACGGCUGACCCUUGACGGAAUCUGUAAGUUCAUUCGGGAUAAGUUCCCUUUCUAUCGCGAAACCUAUCCGGCCUGGAAAAUUUGUAUUCGGAAUAAUCUCUCCUUGAACGACUGCUUUGUUAAGACGGGAAUCAAAUCGGACGAGCCGCUGAAAGGGAACUACUGGACGCUCGACCCGGAGAGUUAUAACAUGUUCGAAAACGGCAGCUUCCUGCGAAGAAAAACUCGCUUCAAACGGCAGGAACGUGUACGAGAAGAGCAUGCAAGCAAGUCAUGUUUACGGGAAACGCCUGGGUAUCCGGCAAGUCCACUGCUGUACAACGACUUGAACAUGAGACUCAAUAGUAACUUUGUUUUGCCGAGUUGUUCUGGCCUUAAUUAUAUCGAUACGCCAAAGAUCUCGACCACAAUGUCAAGUCCUUAUCUCCCUUGGCCAAAUCCUUACAUAUCUUCGCCGGCAAGAGACACGAGUCUACAAUGGCCUUCGUCUUAUUCCUCGUUUUUACCACCUUAUUACAACCAUUUGAACUCUUGUACGCCUUGUUCGUGCAAUGUUUGCGAUUCCUCAAAAAACCUCUAUCUCAGACUCUCAAAUUGACCUUCAAGAUGCCUUACGAAUUGAGUUCGAUAUACGUGUAAAAUGCGAACUAAUAUGUACAGUUAAAUUAAAGAAUAUCUAAGACUAAGUAAACAUUUGGAUUAAAAAUCACUACCUUAAUCUAUUCAGUUUAAAAUGCAACAAAGAACUUUAAUUGCUAUCUAUAAAAUAGUGGAAAGCAAAGGGCAAUCCUCUGCGAUAAGAUCUGCUUUAUCGACUGAAGGAAGCUAGGAACGGUUAUACCUGACGUGUGUAAUAUUCAUUAAUCAUUACACCGAGAUAUUUGCGGGAAUUUCAACUGUUUGUAAAUAGAGCGAAGAUUAAUGUUGACCUACGGUGUAUAUAUAUGAGAAUAUUUAUUGUAAAUAAAAGCAAAUU